AUGCCUCUAGUCAUCCUAGGCGAAACUCUAAGCUACCUCCGCUUCAAUUGCAUCUGGCCCAAAGAAGGCCACGAGCUAAAUCCAGGAAAAUGGUUCUACAUCAGAUUCAUGUUAAUGCUCACCUCUCAGUCCGUCAUCCUCUUCGGAAGCUCCGCUCACUUGGUCGUGUCCAUCCAAAACGCCUCCAGCAACAUCUUCGAAGACCUAGUCAUCCUAAUCGGAGAAGUGGGCGUUUUCUAUUUCAACGCGACGUACGUCAGGUAUCAACAACCCAUCGCGAAAAUUUUCACGCACCUUUCUAACUUCGAAAAAUUCGGAACGCCGCCGAAUUUUGAAGAGCGCAACAAAAAACUGAUGUUUUGGUCUAGAUUGUACAAAACGUACAUCGACGUUGUUAUUUUUAACAUGUGUCUUGAGCCCUUUCUCAAACUGAGGUCUUGCGAAAGGGAAAAUCUGACGAGGGAAUUUAAGGAAAUUUGCGGGUUGGUGGUGACGACGUGGGUGCCUUUCAACAUCAACGUGUUUCCACUUAAACAAAUUUUGUAUUUGUGGCAGUGUUAUACGCUUUUGUUUACGAUGAAAGGGGCUGCGCUGAUUUCGUUUUCGAUUAUGGAGUCGAUGGAGCACUUGGUUGUGAGAAUACAGCACUUGAAGGUGAUGCUUCUGGAGACGGUGGAUACUGAAGAUGCUAAACUGAGAAACAAAAGGUUGUUGAAGUGUGUUGAAUACCAUAACGAUAUUUUUGGGGUUGGACAAGAGAUGGAUAAGAAUUUCGCUGGGUGUUUAUUUUUGCAUGUGUUGUUCUCGGGGGCGCUGUUUGGGUGUAUUGGUUACAAAGUGAUGGAGAGUUUCUCGUUACUGUCGUCUUCGCUGUUUUUCGGUUGGGUGCUUUCGCUAAUUAUCGUCUCGGUUAGUGGUCAACACGUAAUGGACGAGGGAUUUUCAGUUGGCGACACCGCUUAUGACAGCAACUGGUACAACAGAAAUCCGUCUUUUCAGAAGGUCAUCGUUCUGAUUAUAAUCAGGUCGCAGAAACCUAUACUUAUUCACGCAGGCCCUUUCAGUUACCUUUCACACGUCAUGAUGCUGACUAUUUUUAAAACCGCCUACACUUACAUGACAAUGUUGAGCGCAACUUCUAAAUAA